AUGUAUUGCGGUGAUAUAUUCUUGGCUGAAUAUGAGGGCUGCUUUUGGCCGACUUUCGUUCAUAGGGUGUUUUUAGAAUUAAGUGCCAAAGGUGGAUCCUCCUCCCGCCGGACCCACCUGAGCCUGCACGUGGUGGAGCUCCCUGGCCAGCCCGUGCUGAGGGUGGGCGGGCAGCGCGCCACGGACGGGGUGCUGGGCCCGCUGCAGGAGGGGACCGCCCUGGCCAUCACCUGCAGCGUCUCCGGAGGCGUCCCCCCGCCCAAGGUCGUCUGGAAGCGCCAGGAAAAGAUCCUCGACCCGACGGUGGAGUCUCGCUCGCCGACGCUCACGGUGAACCAGCUGAACAUCGCCCGACUCACCCGCGCCUUCCACAACGUCCGACUGACGUGCGUCGCCUCCAACAACAACGUCACCGCCCCGGUCGAGGCCUCCAUCACGGUCACCAUGAACCCUGCCAGUCCCUAUUCAAGCUGGAGGAGUGCGUUGCCUGCAGCUGUCGCUCCCUCCUCCGCGACAGAGAAAGCAGGUUCUACGCUGAGUCUACUGCGCAUUUUCCCAGCUGUCGUGGCUACUGCUGUGUGGCGGCUGAAGUCUCGGGUCUGUCAGGCUGGGAGUCCUUUUGCCAGAUGUGCGCCCCUCGUGACCCGGCUGGAGGCGCCCCCGAAGGGCCUGAGGGUCGGCAGGGAAUACGAAAUCUCGUGCGUGUCUGCCGGAUCACGCCCGCAUCCCAACAUCACUUGGACGCUCGGCAGCGUGGCCUCGCUCACGCCCAUCACCGCCAACACGGAGCACGGCGUAAACAUGAGCACCUCCCGAGUUCGCGUCACAGCCUCGCGACGGCACCACGGCCAGCGACUCACCUGCACCUCACUCAACCCGCUGUUCCCCGCCUACCCCCUGAGCGACUCCAUCCUGCUUAACGUCACCUAUCCUCCCGUGGCCACGAUAGAGCUGGGGCGAGGCGUGUCCUCCGUGGUGAAGGAGGGCGAGGACAUCUACUUCAACUGCAACGUCGACUCCAAUCCUCCGACGUACAAGAUCUCGUGGUACCACAAGGGACGGCCCCUCCUCCACGCCCCCGACCGCGGCCUCCUCCUCAGUGGGAACAGCCUGGCACUGCGGAGUGUGACGCGGCAUCAAGCAGGACCCUACAUGUGCGCCGCCUCCAACGUCGAGGGGGACGCCCAGAGCCGCCCUCUUGACCUCUCCGUUAAUUGCACUCUCCCCCAGAUGCCAACAGCAGGUCUCACCCCACCCCCCCUCUUCUCCCCCCCCCCCAGACUCCCCGUGUGCUCCGACGACUCCAGCCCCUCCAAGGUGUACGCCACGGGACUCGGUCAGUACAUCAACGUGACCUGUACCGUCAAGGCCUCCCCGAACGUGGCCAAGUACCUGUGGGUGUUCAACAAUUCCGUCACGUCGGAGAGGAUACCUGGGGAUCAGGUCCUUAAAACGCCAGAGGGCGGCAGCGUAGUGAAGUUCAUAGCCCGCGCCCACCAGGACUACGGGACGCUGCAGUGCUGGGCCCAGAACAGCGUCGGCCGCAUGACACAGCCCUGCCUCUUCCACGUCGUCCCCGCAGGGCGCCCAGACCAGCCCCUGGGGUGCGCGGUGGUCAACAAGACUUACGACUCCCUCGCCGUGGGCUGCACGCCGGGCUUCGACGGCGGCCUCGAGCAGACCUUCCUCGCCAAGGUGUUCGAGGCCGUGACAGGGCGCAGCCAGGUGAACGUGUCCUCGCGGUGGCCCAACUUCACGCUGGAGGGCCUGACGCCCGGCCUGGACUACAUCAUCCAGGUCAUGGCCCGGAACUCCCUCGGGAACUCCGACCCCGUCAGACUGGAGGCCUUCACCUACAAGAUGGCGGAGAACAGAAUGAGAGACGAGCAGGUGGAGGAGGAGCCCGGGGAGGAAGGGCCCGCGGCAGGAGUGCUGCUGGGGAGCCUGGUGGUGGUGGUCGUGCUGGUUCUGGUGCUGGCGCUGCUGGUGCGCUGCCUGUGGGCGCGGCGCGGCCAGGAGGGACACAGAGGCCGCGGGAAGAGCAGAGGCUACGCGCCGCCCGAGAAGCCCGGCGGGGGGCUCUCCGAUGAGGAAGAACUGCAUUUUGAGGUUCCAACAAUAAGUCUGGAGGCUCACAGGGAUCCAAUAACACACAUAGCCGACCAAGCGUUGUGAAGACCGAGGCCUCGCAACAUCGAUCAUUCCAACCAGAAGCGCCGCUCACCCCUUCCAAGCUCUCUAUUAUGGGUUCCGAUGCCAUUAAGGGUCGACCUCUUACCCGUCAUUUGUUUAUAGUUUGUUUUUCUUCUUUUUCCUUUCCACUCUGAUUGUCAUUUGCUGAAACCUUCUGUACGAUGAUGAUUUUUCUUUAUUUUUGUUUCAUUGUAUUUGUGUUAUUGAUAAAUUCGUUUAUUGUAGAUGAUGAAUAUGUUCCAAAUAUUUUUUAUUGUGAUAUCAUGCAUAUAUUGCAUACUGAAUGAAAUACUUGAAAUUCAGUUUUUCUCGAUUUUGAUUAAGUACAUUCAACUCUAAAGCACAAGACACACAUACACACACACACACACAC